CUCUUAAUUAAUUUCUUCUCUUCCCCUUGAUAUCACUUUAAAUUAUCCAUGGACUCAUCCCAUCUUUCAAACUUCUUAUCCUCAUCUUCAUCACUGAUCACUAAAACUAAAACUAAUACUAAUACUAGUACUAGUACUGCUACUGUUCAUCAUUCACCACCAUGUGGAGCUUGUAAGUUCUUGAGAAGAAAAUGUGUGCAAGGUUGUGUUUUUGCACCAUACUUUGGCAGUGAGCAAGGUGCGGCAAAGUUCGCCGCAGUGCACAAGGUUUUCGGUGCAAGCAAUGUGUCUAAACUAUUGAUGCACAUCCCGGCGCCGCGCCGGCAUGAUGCUGUUGUCACUGUUUGUUAUGAGGCUCAGGCCAGGCUUGCUGAUCCUGUCUAUGGUUGUGUUGCUUCUAUCCUUGCACUGCAACAACAGGUGGCAGCAUUGCAAGCAGAGCUAACAAUUCUACAAUCACAAGUGAUAAGCAACAGGUUAGCAAUGGCAAGUGCACUCCAAAGUUCACAACAGUCUUCUUCUCAAUGUCAAUUGCCACAACAACACAUGAUAAGUGUUUUACAUCCAAGUUACUCAAAUAAUUCAUCCACAUCAAAUAGCAUGGUUAUGAAUCUAACCAGCUUUGGUCCAACUGGUUUAGACCCAAUUGGUAGUCAUGUUCAUGAGCCUGUUUCUGAAGGACUUUGUCAGCUUUUAGAACCACCUUCUCAUAAUGAAGAUGAGGAGGCUGAAGGGGAGAGUAGAACUUCUUCUGAUGUUUUUGUAAAUGAUGUUUUUCAUACAAGAUAAACUUGGUUUUUAUUGUCCUUUUUUUUCUUUUUAUUUGUAGGUUUUAGUCAGAGUGAAUAAUAAACUUAUUGACUUAGACUGUAGUUUGAUUUCAUUCUUAUAUUAUUUUUAUUUAGAGUAAUAUAUAUAAUCCAACUCCAACCAGUUCCAAAUGAAUCCAAACUUCUGGAAGGAUAUAAAUGGAAAACAACAUAAGAAUAUGGAUUAAGAUGAUAAAAAGAAGAAGAUAAGUAUGAGAAACAGUCAAAAUAAGGGAGAACCAUGGUUUGGUUAAUUGGUUCCCAUGGUUUGUCCAGAGAGUUUAGUAAUACUGUGUGCUAAUUGCCCACCAAUCCAAAUUAUUUGCAGAUAUAAAUUAAGGUAUCAAGCUUCACACAAAGUUUCAAGUUGUCAUUAGUUACUUCUCAGAAAGGUCAGAUAGAAAUGGGUUCUCUCAUGGCAGGCUGGGCAUCUUGUGUUCUUCAUGAUGAGAAAGAGAGAUUGGAGAGGAACAAGUCACUUACAAAAGCAGAGAUUGAUACUUACUGGAAGAUGCAUCAAGAAAAGGAAGUAGAAGAGAAAGAGAAAUUCAAAGAUGACUCUAAUUUCCUUGAAGAAGAGGAAGAAGAAAACAAGAAUAACAGGACUACUGAUUGGUGGACAAAGACCAAUUGGGCAUUUCUUAAUGAAUCCCCUCAUGAAGAAAUGAACAAGUCCAAUAACUAUGCAUCACAGUAUCAUGUUGCAGAGCUUGUGAAAAAAUCCCUAGAAUGAAUAAUAUAUAAACAUUCAGCUUGUUUUCAUGUGAUCUAAUUUCAAAUAUUUCUGCAAUGCAAUGUAAAGUGUUCAAUUUCGAGCCAAAGUAAAAUCCUGAUGUUUAACAAAAAACAAUAGAAACAUAAUUAUUUUCAA